AUGGCGUCCAUCCCCAAGACCAUGUCCGGGAUCCUCAUCGAGGAGAACGGAGGAGUUGAGGCCCUAAAGUGGAAGACCGAUAUCGCCGUGCCGGAGCUCAAGGAUGGCGAGAUUCUCGUCCGCAACGAGUACGUCGGCGUCAACUACAUCGACACCUACUUCCGCACCGGCCUCUACAAAGCCCCCCUCCCCCUCAUCACAGGCAAAGAAGCCGCCGGCAUCAUCGCAGCCGUCCACCCCUCCGUAACCGCCACCUUCCCCGCCCUCAAAGAAGGCGCCCCCGUAGGCUACGUCGCCGACCACGCCUACGCCGAAUACACCGCCGUGCCCGCCGAGAAAGCCCAAGCCCUCCCCGAAGGCGUCUCCACCGAAACGGCAGCGGCUUCCCUGCUCCAGGGCCUGACCGCCCUCACUUUUGUCCGAGAAGCCGCGGGUCUUGCCCGCCCGGGUCACCCAGAGUCGCAGGGCAAGCUGGGGGUGAGUGAGGGGCCGUGGGCUCUCGUGCAUGCUGCUGCGGGGGGCGUGGGCUCGUUGCUGGUGCAGUUGUUGGUUGCGCAUGGGGCGAGGGUGAUUGGGACCGCGGGUAGCGCGGAGAAGGUCGAGAUUGCGAAGGCGAAUGGGGCACAGUGGGUGGUGGACUCGCGGAAUGAGGAUGUGGUGAAGCGGGUGAAGGAGAUUACGGGUGGAAAUGGGGUGGAUGUGAUCUUUGAUGGGGUUGGGAAGGCUACGUUUGAGGGGGAUUUGGAGAGCAUUGCGCGGAAGGGAACGCUGGUGGUUUUCGGGAAUGCGUCUGGACCCGUACCGCCUGUCGACGUGUUGCGACUCGGAGCCAAGAACAUCAAGCUUAUGCGACCGGUGCUGUUCGGGUACAUCGCGACGCAGGAGGAACGCAACUCCUAUACCGCUGAGCUGUUCGAGCUCAUCCAGGCCGGCAAGGUCAACCUCAAGAUCCACGAUGUUUACCCGCUCAAGGAUGUGGCUCGCGCACACUCCGACUUGGAGGGCCGCAAGACCACUGGCAAGGUCCUGCUCAAGGUGUAG